UAUAAUCUAAACUUUUGGGACCAUGCCUUCAUGUGAUGUCAAGAGGAGAUGAUAGUAUUAUAGAUAAAAUCUUCAUAUUUAUUACAAACAGUAUUCUGCACAAAAGCUACCUUAAAAAGUGUGGAUGCAAAAGAAAGCCCUGGGAAGUGAGGACAUGCCACCAGUGUGGUGUCACAGCAAGACACCCAUGACACAGAAGCCUUUUCCCUGAUGAUACCUGCGGUACUGUACAGGACGUGCCAUGACAGAGGGUGACAGAAGAACAUCAGCCAAGAAAAAGACUUUGAUUCUUGUUUUAGUCAACCACACAAACUUACCUGAUGUGCCUAAAACUCAGGUGCUUCCCCAGGUGCAGUCUAAUGUGCUCUUUGCCUUUCCCAGAGGCCUCCUCUGAUAUUCCACCUCCAUCCAAUGAAGAAGGCUUGACCAGGGAGAAUUAAAUGAGCAGCAAUUAAAUAAACAGCACUGCAAUGCUGUGGAGAUGCAGGAGGCCAGGUUUUAGAGCAGAAAUGCAUUACUUGAUGCAAAUAAAUAUUUGCCAUGGCAUCCAUUAGCUCCACAAUAACUCCCUGCUACAGCUGAGGAGUUGAACAGCUUGAAACAGUUCCUGUGUGGGCAAAGAAGGGUCAUUUGUGCAUCCAUGGAGCUCAGCCUGCAACACCUUGGCACCUCAGUGUACCCACCAGGGCACAGAUGAACAUCCUCCACUGCAAAGUGCUGGUUUGCAAAAUAACAAUAUUUAAUUAAAAAAAGUUAUAACACCAUCUGCAACUGCCUACUGUAAUUAUUUUACAUAGAAAACGAGUUCAUUCUGGUCUUAACUAGGGGAAGGCAUAAACAUCUACUAAUAGGAAGAAACAAAGUUUAAUUUGCUCACGGAUCAGUGAAGUCCAAAAAUGUGAAUCCUAUUUGGGUGGACUCUGCCCUUUCUUGGAAUUUAAGAUUCAGGAGCGAGGACCAGCAGAGCUUAGAAAGACAAUCCUCACAAUCUGUAUCCACUCCUGGCUUCACUGACUGCUGCCCCUGUAAUAAACCCCCCAGAAACUGAAUACCUCAAUAAAUAAAAAGGGAUCUCAUAAGAGGUGAGAUGAACCUUGAAGAGUAUUUUGCAAGAACUGGCUAUAAAGGCUCCACUGAAAAACAAGAUUUGGAAACCUUAACCGAUAUAUUCCAGCAUCACAUCCGUGCUGUUCCCUUCGAAAAUCUCAGCAUCCACUGUGGGGAGAAAAUUACGUUGGAGUUGGAGCACGUUUACAACAAGAUUGUGAGGAGGAAGAGGGGUGGCUGGUGCAUGGAAAACAACCAGCUGCUGGGCUGGGUGCUGAAGGGCCUGGGCUAUGACACCAGCUUCCUGGGAGCCUACGUGUUCAACCCCCAGCAGAACGCCUACGCCACCCUCAUGACCCACCUGGUGGUAAAGGUGGUCAUCGAUGGCAAAGCCUACAUCGUUGAUGGAGGCUUUGGGGUGUCCUACCAGAUGUGGCAGCCCAUGGAGCUCGUGUCAGGGAAAGACCAGCCCCAGGCUCCCGGCGUGUUCCGCUUCUCGGAGAAAAACGGCGUCUGGUACCUGGAGAAAAUGAGACGGAAACAAUACAUCCCCAACCAGAGCUUCUGCAACUCUGACCUGCUGGAGAAGAAGGAGUGUCGCAAGGUUUAUAUGUUCAGCCUGGAGCCACGGACAGUGGAAGAUUUCCGUUUCCAGUGCACAUACCUCCAGACCUCUCCAGAUUCCCUCUUCACAAAGAAGUCCAUCUGCACCCUCCAGACCACCGAGGGAUUCCGGGCGCUGAUUGGGUGGACACUCACUGAGACCACGUACAACUACAAGGAAAACAUGGAUCUGGUGGAAUUUGUAACUCUUGAAGAUGAAGAGGUGGAAAAAACCCUCAAAGAGAAAUUUAACAUCACCCUAGAGAGAAAACUUGUCCCCAUUAAUGUUAAAGGAUCUUACACAAUCUAGAAUGCCAGGAAAACCUACAGUAAUGCUAUGUGGGUACAGCAGCUUCCACUGUCUGUGCAUUCCCUACUGCAAGGUUAUGGGAUUCUUUUGCAGGUGACUGAAGGAUAUGUACAUUAGUAUGAGAUUAAUGUGAAUUUCACUUUGGGAAAAAUCAGGGAUUUAAGACUCUUGAGUCAGUUAGGUAAAAUUAUUUGCUGGGAGAUGACUGCCGUUCAAUUUUUGGCACAAAUGUAGGAUUUGAUUUGAAUCUGGUUAUAAGCUUGGGUAAGAAAUAUGUCUGGGGAAUUUUGGACUGCCUGUAGCACAUGAGUAUGGAUUAUUAAUUGUGAUAUGCUGCCAACACAUUUUCUAAGGUUAUUAUAGGGAGACAAGUAAUCUGUGAGCAUUUAGACAAGAAAGCACACAUUUAAAACUUCAUUUUUCACAAGAUCAAACCACUCACAGCUCAUCUCAUUCCUCUACCUUUAAUAUGAGUAAAACAUUGUCAUCUUGGAAAGGAGCAUUAGGAGGCAUAAUUCUUUCACCAUCAUCCUUAGACAAACCAUAGUACAAGAUGAAAAUCGUCAUCAUGUGCAUCCCUCUGGCCAUUACUGCAGUAAACUGCCCCAAGUAAUUUUUGGUAUGUACUAUUCUUCUGGUGAUGAAAAUUCUAUAUAUUGCAGUGUAUUGUGGCUGAUGGGCUCUAAGGAGAUAACUACUAAGCUUUGUUUCUGAGAUAUAAUCAUCCUGGUACUUAAAACUGUGACUGGUACUUAAAUGUCACAGCUGGCUUAGAUUUACUUUUGUCCCAAAAGGGGUGGAAAUUCUGUACUUUUAGGACUGCAUUAUAUUUGUAUAUGAAGCCAAGCCCACUAUACCCUUAACUUUGUCCUGCAAACAUGAGUGUCUACAUGGCUGUCCUGAAUGGGUACCACUUAGCACAGGAGCUUUAAUGCCAUUAGUGUUUGUUCAUCUGUAUCAAAGUGAAAAAACAACCCAAGAAGCCAGCCAAAUCUAAAGGAAACCUUUUCUUUUUUCACAAUCAUGUUUCCCCAUUUUCCAGAAAAUGUUGCUUCUCCUACCAUGCUUCUCUGCAAAAUGCCCAACCAAGAAAACCACUAAGAAAGGGGAAACAUUCUUAAAUGCAUGAAAAAAUAGCAGAAACACUGAAAACCACUCUUUCCCCCCAGUCUGUAAUAAGCCUGAAUAUCAGUCAAAUGUUGAUUCCUCCCACUGAACAGUCUUUCUGCUCAAAGACAUAAUCUGAUCAUUAAUCUCACAAAUGCUGUAAGUGUAUACCUGAAAAUAAAUAAAAGGAAAAUAAAGACAUUAUGAGUUGUUUUAGAACAGCUGCCCCCAGCUGCACUGACUCCUGCACACCCCAUCUGCCAAGUGAGAGCUGCACUCAUGCUGCUGAUCUGCUGGCCACCCCUUCCCACCUCAGACUUCUUAGGAUCACUGAGGCUGGAAAAGCCCUUUAAGAUCAUAGAGCUCAACAAUCAACCCAACAUCACAACCAUGUUCACCAUAAACUCUGCCCUUCAGGUGUCACUUCCAGGGAUGGUGACUCCACCACUGCCCUUGACAUUCUUCCAGUCCUUUCCAACCCUGUGAAAAGAUUUUCCUAGUAUCUAAUCAAAACCUUCCCUGGCAUAAUUGGACACCAUUACCUGACAUCCAGUCCCUUGCUACCUGUUCCUUGGAACCUGUUACCUGACACUUCUUGAACUAAACAGGCCAACAUUGAACAAAUGCAGCAGUGGUGUUGGAGAUGGGGAGUUCCUGCAGGUGCCUAGAUGAAAAGGUUGUAGGCUGAGGAAGAUGAUUACUGAAGAGGAGGCCCAGGAGUCAUCUCUGCUGGGCUUGGUGUGUGCCAGCUCCCGUGGUGGCAGCUCAUGGCCUGGGUGCACACAUGGUUGCAUAGGGAUAAGAAACUGAGAGCCAAGAAGAGGUGACAGGGGACACAGAAAGAUCUUACUGAGGUCAGAACACAGCUUCUCUGUUAAUAAUGGAAUUUGUUCAGUAAUUUGUGUUCUGUUAUUCCCUCAUAUUAAUAUCCCAUUAAGGGUUUUUACCCCUUUCUAAAUAAUUGAUCAUGACAAGGUGUUCCCUGCAGACCUCAGGGAACAUUACAAGCUUCAAAACACUGACCACCUCCAUUCCAUCUGAUGGGAGUCUCAUUUACUCAGCUUACCAAACCACAUUUCUCUGUGCCAUCAACCCCAGCUGUUUUCUUGUCUUGAGGA